UGGUCAUCUCCUGUACUGUGUCCGCAGUCUCUAGUCAUCUCCUGUGCUAUGUCCGCAGUCUCUGGUCAUCUCCUGUACUGUGUCCGCAGUCUCUGGUCAUCCCUGUACUGUGUCUGCAGUCUCUGGUCAUCUCCUGUACUGUGUCUGCAGUCUCUGGUCAUCUCCUGUACUGUGUCUGCAGUCUCUGGUCAUCUCCUGUACUGUGUCCGCAGUCUCUGGUCAUCUCUUGUACUAUGUCUGCAGUCUCUGGUCAUCUCCUGUACUAUGUCCGCAGUCUCUGGUCAUCUCUUGUACUAUGUCCGCAGUCUCUGGUCAUUCCUGUACUGUGUCCGCAGUCUCUGGUCAUCUCCUGUACUAUGUCCGCAGUCUCUGGUCAUCUCCUGUACUGUGUCCGCAGUCUCUGGUCAUCUCCUGUACUAUGUCCGCAGUCUCUGGUCAUCUCCUGUACUAUGUCCGCAGUCUCUGGUCAUCUCCUGUACUGUGUCCGCAGUCUCUGUGGUUGUAAAGAUUUUUUUUCUU